AACGUCAAAAAAGUCUUCUUUGACUGUGUCAAAGCUUGUCCCUUUACCACUCACGUCAACAUCUCCUAGUAAUCAAAUUGAAAACAGAAUCACCCAGAUUCUUAUAAUUCGAUUAUCUCAUGAAUUCAUGAUCCCCCGUAGAGAACUUUACAAUGUCUUUAUUCAGAUUCUUCCUUUCUCUUUCUGUAUUCUCCCUGCUCAGCCUUGCCGCUGAAGCUCAGAACAGUCCAACUUACCUCUUCCAUAACUGUUCCAACACCACCACUUUCAUCAGGAACAGCACUUACCAAACCAAUCUUAAUGGCCUCCUCUCUGCCUUGUCCAACGCCACCGCCAUCAAUGGGUUCUAUAAUACCAGCUCUGGGGAAAACCCCAACAGGAUCUACGGCCUCUUCCUCUGCCGCGGCGACGUUUCAACCACUACGUGUCAAAAUUGUGUCACGUUUGCCACUGGAGAUGUGAUUAAGAAGUGCCCUGUUGAGAAAGAGGCUGUGAUUUGGUACGACGAGUGCCUCCUCCGCUACUCCAACAAAUCGAUCUUCUCCACUCUGAGUGAAACGCCAACCAAAUAUUUGAGAAAUACUCAGAACGACACGGAUCAGGUCCGAUUCAACCAGGUAGUGGGGACGACGAUGAACGAUACGGCGAAGCAGGCUGUAUCAGUGGCUAAAAAGUUUGCCACAGAGCACGUCAAUAUUUCUGCGUUUCAGACCCUGUACAGUCUGGUCCAGUGCACGCCGGACCUUUCUAAUUCGGACUGUAAUAGUUGUCUCAGACGAGCCAUAGCACAGCUCCCUACUUGUUGCAGUGGCAAAAUAGGUGGACGAGUAGUGACUCCUAGUUGUAGUGUUAGGUAUGAACUUUACCCUUUUUAUAAUGAAUCUGCAGUUGCAGCUCCGCCUCCACCGCCGCGGGUAUCUGCUUCUCCUCCUGGUUCGGUGAUGAACCCCAAAGGAAAAGGUAAAACAUCAUGGGUGAUAAUUGUUGCCAUUGUUGUCCCGGUUGUUGUCUCUAUUCUGCUUUUCGUUGUGGGGUAUUGCUUGCUAACAAGGAGAGGAAGGAAGAAAUACGAUAUUGUGCAGGGAGAUAAUGCUGUGACUGAUGUUACCACUAUGGAGUCACUGCAGUAUGAUCUUAAGUCAAUUAAAGCUGCAACAAACAACUUUGCAGACGGUAAUAGACUAGGUGAAGGUGGAUUUGGGGUGGUUUACAAGGGUAGAUUUCCUAAUGGACAAGAAAUAGCUGUGAAGAGGUUAUCGAGGAGUUCUGGACAAGGAGCUGAAGAAUUCAAGAAUGAGGCUGUGCUAGUGGCUAAGCUUCAGCACAGAAAUCUAGUGAGGCUAUUAGGAUUUUGUGUGGAAGGAGAAGAGAAGAUUCUUAUCUACGAAUUUGUGCCCAACAAGAGCCUUGACUAUUUUCUAUUCGAUCAUGAUAAACAAGGAUUGUUGGAUUGGUCAAGACGUUAUAAGAUAAUAGGAGGUGUUGCUCGAGGAAUUCUUUAUCUUCAUGAGGAUUCUCGACUUAAAAUCAUACAUCGGGAUCUCAAAACCAGUAAUGUAUUGCUAGAUGGUGACAUGAACCCAAAAAUUUCAGAUUUUGGAAUGGCAAGGAUUUUUGGAGUCGAUCAAACUCAAGGAAGCACAACUAGAGUUGUUGGAACCUAUGGCUACAUGCCUCCAGAAUAUGCCAUGCACGGACAGUUUUCUGUGAAAUCAGAUGUGUAUAGUUUUGGUGUUUUAGUUAUAGAGAUUUUAAGCGGCAAGAGUAACAGUAACUUUUCUCAAACAGAAGGAGCUGGGGACCUGUUGAGCUAUGCUUGGAAACUUUGGAAGGAUGGGAGACCAUUGGAGCUGUUGGACACGACUAUUGGAGAUUCAUAUUCAAGAAAUGAAGUCAUUAGGUGCAUCCAAAUGGGUUUGCUGUGUGUCCAGGAAGAUCCUGCUGAGAGGCCAACAAUGGCAACCAUUGUGCUCUUGCUCAACAGUUACUCAGUCACGCUACCUCUACCGAACGAGCCUGCAUUUUUCCUCCCUAGCAGAACUGAUGAGCCAGAGCCAGCAAAGAUGUUGGAAUCUGAUGAAUCUAAAAGUCGGCCAGUGCAAUACUCAAUAAAUGAAGUCUCAAUUAGUGAAAUAGACCCUCGGUAAAAUUAGGCAGUAUACAACUUAUAUAUCUUCUGUGUAACUUAUUUUUUUUGGAACAAGUACACUUGUUGGGGGAGGGGGACUUGAAACCCAGACCUUGUGCUGGGAGAGAUGCUUUCUUCCAAUUGGCUUGAAACUCUAGGAGCCCUCUGUUUAUGUAAAAUAUGCUUGUAUCUUCUGAUUAGUAUCAGAAGUAGAUUGCAUCCUGAUAUUUCUGUAUGAAAUUUGCAAGGGUUAUUAUCGGGAAUGUGUACUGGAAUUUGAGACGUGUAUUUUAAAUGCAUAUAAUUUAAAUCGAUGUAAUUUUAAAUAAAAAAAGACUUAAUGU